GUAAAGGUUUCUCACAAAGGGAUUUUAUACACUCUUUUAUGGUAUCAGACUAGGCCGAUCCUGCCUUCUUUUUUCUCGGCCUUUUACUUCUCUUUCCUGCCACAAUGGUUGGCGAGACAUCCUCCCCAAGAACACGACUUCAUCCUGCUUUUGCACUUAGCAACAUGCAUCAAAACUCAAAUUCCUAUUACUCUCGAUCUCAAAGACGAUGAGUAUUCCUCUUGGGUGUUCUUAUUUGAGCUUCAUCUCCAUGCUCAUAAUUUGAUGUUCCUCAUUGAAGGUGAUGGUGCUCCCAGCACCAUUGAUGGUCCUACACGGAAACAAGUGGACGCGUUAAUUCGUCAAUGGAUUUUCUAUCAUGUCCAAAGACCUAAUGCUUACCGUUCCGAAAUCCGGCAGUGCCGGAUUUCGGGCCGGCCCAGGGGGUGUGCAGGGUGUCCGACCGCACAGGGCCCAAAAAUAUGUAAGGCCCAAAAAAAAAAUUAGUAGUAGUAUUACUACUAGUCUACUACUCCGUAUAAGCUAGUCAGCCCAAUAGCGAACAAAAAGGUGCGGGGCGAGCAUAGCAAUCUGCGAAAGAGGAAGCGCAUAGGCCAAAGGGCAUAACGAGUGACUGAGCAAGACGAGCGACGUGUGGACGACUCUCCGUCUCCAGGCUCUGCCCCAGCCUCGAGCCAUCUUGAUUUCUAAGUUGCUGCGGCGAUUCGGACACAUCUAGGACGGAAGGACUCCACUAUUCUAAGUAUAUUCGUAACUGAUAGAGAGUAAUGGUUCUUUAUGAAUUAAUUUUGUAAUCUGAGUUCAACAAAAUGAUAUUAAU